UGGAGUUUCAGAAUGCUGAAAAUGAGACAAGUGCUCCUGGCAUUGUGCACAGUCUGUGCGCUGCUCUCCGCAGCUUCCGCUCUGAACUGCAACUCAUGCCGACACAGUGGAACCUCCACAGACACCACCAUGACCUGUCCGGCCUCACAGCCCCGUGUGCAGACAGACACCACCAUGACCUGCCCGGCCUCACAGCCCCGUGUGCAGACAGACACCACCAUGACCUGCCCGGCCUCACAGCCCCGUGUGCAGACAGACACCACCAUGACCUACCCGGCCUCACAGACCCGUGUGCAGACAGACACCACCAUGACCUGCCCGGCCUCACAGCCCCGCGUGCAGACAGACACCACCAUGACCUGGCCUCACAGCCCCGUGUGCAGACAGACACCACCAUGACCUGCCCGGCCUCACAGCCCCGUGUGCAGUCACAGCAGUCACAACUAGCAGAGGUAAGAUAAGAAGGAAGGAGAGCUGUCUAAAACAGUGCUUCUCAACUCUGAUCCUAGGGACCCCCCUGUCUGUGUCUCUGCUGGGUUUUGUAACAACUGAGCUGCUCUCAAUGACUUUUUAAUUGAAGCCUUAUUAUUAUUAUUAUUAUUUAUUUCUUAGCAGACGCCCUUAUCCAGGGCGACUUACAAUCGCAAGCAAAUACAAAUACAUUCAAGUGUUACAAUACAAGUCAUACAAUAAGAGCAAGAAAUACAAUAAUUUUUUCAAGUGUGACAAACCACAAUUCAAUAAUACAGCAGAUAAUAGUGAAAGUUACAUCAGGAUAUGAUUAAAUAGUGAUAGUUACAUCAGGAUAUGAUUAAGUACA